CCUCCUUAAUGCGGUCUCUGACCUGCAAGGUGGCUUAUGACUUCUUCAUUUUCUUGCAGUUUUUUUGUUCUUCCCCUGUCAUGCCCUGUUUAGCACUCCCACAACAAGCAGCUUCUUCUUCUGUUUUUUUUUUGUUCACAGACCUAUUUUCUCAAAACAUCUUGCACCACGUAACCCAUCCUUGGAGACCCAGGGGCAGGCAGUCGGGACGAUGCGAUAUUUUGGGGCGACGCGAUAGUUUUGAGCUCUUGUUAUUCUUGCUAAAAAUAUCGCGUCACCUGAAAAUACGCAUCGUCCUGCCUAGCUGCCCCUGGGUCUCCGAGGAUGAACGCAAGUGGGUGGGAGAUGGGCCUCCUGAAAAUGUAAGGAGAACAGCCGUGAAUCCGGAGGGACCCUUUUACAUACCGUUAUAGUGAGAUCACGCAUUAACGUGUUAGCCCGUGAUCACACGUAAAACGUUGUCGCGUGAUCACAAGUGAAACGGUAUCUGAUCUAAUCAGGGCAAUUACCACGUUCAAUGUCACUCGUGUGGGCCAUCACAAGGACAUUAAGUCAAAUUAGCAUCCAUUAUUUUUUUGUUGCGUGGAUAUGCAUUUCUCCGACGUUCCACGGGAGUCCAGGUGAUUUUUUUCAUGGUGUUUCCAAAAGCAACUUUUACUCAAACGAAAGCUGGCAAGUUAACACUGUUCAUUCCAGGUUGGUUUCUAGAUGGUGACUGGUAAUUGAAGUGACCCUGUCUAGUUGUUACCUUGCAAAGAAUUAGCCCAGAAAUUACCACUCGAGGAUCAACAACUGGUUCCUUCAAAAAAACAAAAAAAAGCCGCUUCCUUGCAUCAUUUCACAAAGAUCUGCUGCAUCUGAUAAACAACUGCCGCACAGUUGAAAAUGCCUUUUCAAGAAAGUAGAGCGAACCAAGUUAUUUGUACAGGGAUAUCGCAAAUUAUCUUGGGAUGUUGUGUGUUUACCUUGAGCUUCAUAUUGAGCAGAAGGAGACAUGACCUUGCUGAUAUUUUCGAGAUUGGCGUGGCGUAUUGGGCAGCUCUGCCGAUCGUCGUCACUGGAGUUCUCGGAAUAACAGGAGGGAUCACUGGAAAAUUCUUUGUGACAGGGCUAUUUCUCGCUGCUUCCGUCAUUUCGUGUAUCCUCGGAGGAAUCGUGGCUGCGUGCGUGGGAAUCGCGCUGACCUCGUGGAGAUCUGUGGGUGAAUGCGCGCACGUGCAUUGUCCAUACGAUACAGAAUCAAUUCUGAUGAUCGCCUUGACAAGUAUCUUGAUUCUAGCCGCGGCUAUCUCGCUGUCUGGCGUAAUUGAGUCGUCCCAACUACUUUGUUGCGCUGUUUCGGGUGGUGAUCAUGUCGCCAUCGUGUCAUUAGGAAAUUCAUCUCACGCGGAAAGAAAACCCAUGUUAAGACCGGAAAGGGAGAAGCGUAAAUGUCAAUCAAAGAACAGCAGCCAGUAUCCUACAGACUAUGAGACUGCAUUUGAAGACGCGCCAACACGGGAAUAUGGGUUCAAGAACGGCAAACAAAAAUGCAAGAUCAGUGAAGUAGGAACGAUAGUGUGAUCAGUGAAAAGUGAAGAGUCUGUAACGUGCCUUGAUACGUUGAAUAAUCUGCGAAUGGAAUUUGAAUACCGAAUCUUGACUCGAGCUGACUAAUUGUAGUGUCCAGUACUUUCUAUCGCUUAUACUUUGACGGGUCAUUACUACCACUUAAUAUCUUUAUCAAACGAAUUUAAAGACCAAUGAUUGGUAAACAAGUUAUGAUCAUUUUCGUGAUAUAACAAGUUACCAUAGCAACAGUAUAACCCGUUAAAAACACCCAUAAUAUUAGUUUUGAGCGCUUAUAGCCCAGAAACGAUCAAACAUUCAAGGUAAUUCAAAGCGUCAAGCGUAAUGGGCUGUGCAAAGAAGACACUUUCAAGAUAAGCUACGAGUUAGGCUUAGUAGACUGAUUACUAAACUAAGGCUACCUUAAGUUAAAUCUGCAACGAAGGGCUUUUACUGAAAUAACACUGUUGGGAAAUUGAUUUUGGUGCAUUUCAGAUAUCUAUUUACAUCUUUAGCUUUUAGAAAAUGCAAGAAGGACUGUAAUAUACUUAACGUUUUUGUCCAUAAAAAACUGAAAUUGCUCAAUUUCCUAUCGGAUUUAAUCUUAAUAUGUUUAUUAACAUUUAAGCUCUGUUAAGCAAGUGUGAACAAAUCCCCAGUUUUGGCAAAUUUGUUGGGUAAUUUUGCUGCCAAGUCUUUUCUACACGCUAAAAAUUAGUCAACACCGAACUGUAACUACGGUUAUUAUGUACAUAAUCCUUUAAAAUUUCAGACUUCUCCUCUUUUCCAGGUGCGGUUCGGAACUCGCACCGUCUUUUAUGCAAACGAGCUAUCUGUUGUAUUUGAUAAGCCCCGCUGUAAUCUCUGAGCAGGUGGUAUAUGACUCUGUUCCAACGAGCAGUUGUGUGCUGCUAUAAUUAGAGGCAAGUUUCGUUGUUGAUACAGUUGUCUGAUGUACCUGUUUGGAUCGCGAUGGUGGUGGAUAUUGAAAGCUUGCCUAUGAUGAUGACUGGCGGGAAGUUGCGAAUUUCCAUGAUAGUUGUAAUAGUUAAGAUGCCGUUGGUUUUGCUUAGGUUGAUCUCUACGUGUGUGAUUCGUUGGAGCGCGAUCGAUAUCUUGUUGAAGUUGCCGCGGUGGAUUCCGCUCGUCUGUUCUCUCUGGCGCCGAUUCUGGAUCACGACGACUUUCUAAAGUUGGAUUGUUUGCCUCCUUUGGAAAAUUAAGAAAAAAUCACACAACUUACUUUUACAUCGUUUGAAAAUUUCGUCGAAUACACCGCAGUCGAGUGAGUAACUAAACUUAAAAGACGAUUAACAGUAAACAAAAAAAAAAA